AUGGUUCUGGAGGCGAGGAGAGAGCCGAGGGGCUCCGUCAGGCUGCGAGAGGGCGCAGGGACAUGCCCGGCUCCGGAUGGUUCUCUCCGGGAAACCUGCCUGACGGGUCGGCCGCCGCUCAAAGCCCAGACGCUGCCGUGGCUUGUUCCCCCGACGGGCUCCCCGGGGCGGCUGGGCUUGGCCGGGCUGCGUGGAGGCGGUCCCCGGGUCUGGGGGUCCCGGGCUCUGGGGCCGGGCCGCGGUGUGAGGGGUCGGUGCUGCGGGUUCAGGUGGACCGAGUACGUGCCGCUGGGCAGGAGGGUGCCGGGCACCCGCUUCAUCGCCUUCAAGGUGCCCCUGAAGAAGAGCUUUGAAAAGAACCUUCAUCCAGAGGAGAGGUUUUCACCUCGUGAUCUCAUUAAGAAAAUUAGGGAGCAGAAGGAGGAGCUGGGGCUGAUCAUCGACCUGACCUACACCACACGCUACUACGGGCCAGAGGAGCUCCCAGACACCCUGUGCUACUCCAAGAUCCUGACCAUGGGACGUGAGGUCCCCAGCAGCCAAACCUUCUCCCAGUUCAAGUGUGUGGUGAAGAAGUUCUUGAGAGACAACAAAGACAAUGAUAAACUCAUCGGGGUUCACUGCACACAUGGCUUGAACAGGACUGGUUACCUGGUGUGCAGGUACCUGAUUGAUGUUGAGGGCAUGGAGCCCAACACAGCCAUCGAGUUGUUCAACAGAGCUCGAGGACAUCCCAUAGAGAGAACCAACUACAUCCAGGACCUCCAGAUGAGAUCUGUGAAAAAGAGCUGUGGAAUAAAUAAAUUGGGCUCAGGCCCCUUCAGGGAAAAAGCUGGUGCUGCUGUGAGCUCUCAAAGGCAGGUGGUGAAACAUCAUUUCCAGCGUGUGGAGCAGCCCCCCAUGGUGCUGCAGAGCCCCCGCCCCGCCCCGCAGCGCCGCAGACGCAGCUCCAAGCGCCGGGACCAGCCCCGGGAGCCGCCGCCGGAGCCGGGGCCGCCGGAGCCGCGGGGUUUGGCCGCCAGGAACUCUCGGGUCUCCUCCCCCCCGGGGCGGCCCCACGGACUCAGCUCCCCCCGCGCCGGGAAGCGCCGGCGCCGCCGCACGAACCGCCCUGUCGCGACAGAGUGAGCGGGCGGGGGGGGGGGGGCGGGGGGAGGCCCGGCGGGAGCGGGACCCGCCGCUCCCCUCAUUUCUCCUCCUGCCUCCCCGCUCUGGGCGCCCCGGCCGCCCUCACGGACAGACCCGGCCCUCCCGCCGGGGGUCGCGGGGAAUAAACGCGGGGCCGGGACCCCGCGGCUCCCGCCCCAACGGCUCCUC